CGCACACACACGCACAUGCACGGACGCACGCAAACACACGAACGCGCGCACAUACACACACCACGCCCCCUCCUGUCGGGAACACCCAGGCUGUGGAUUUGUGCCUUCAGACGGUGCUGAGGCGCACCGACAGGCUCGUACUCGGUCCGUAGUCUCCCGCACUGCCCCGCCGCCUCCUCUGCCUCCUCUGCCGGUUCCUCGCCGCUGUCCGCAGCCUCCAGGUUUCUUGAGGCUGUGUCUUGUCUGCCCCACUAAGAAACAGAAGACCAGAAGAGGAAACACUGGACGCUUUGCAAAUCACAAGUUCAGACUAUGCCAACACUAAAAGAAGGAAAACCCAAUCCUUAGCGGAACAGUACAAAGUCAUGAGCGCUUUGCAACAUAAUGUAGAUCUUGGCGACUUCUUCCAUGCAACGUAUUUGCUGGGCUGAUUUUGCUGGUUGAGCUAGACUGAGGGACCAAUGGAGCAGGUCGGAGAGGAUCUGAACCUGUCCUUUCUGCUGGAACAUGAACGAGAGAUGAUCCUGAAGGUGCUGCAGAAAGACGAGAAGCUGAGGAAAAGAGAGGAGAAAAGGAUUCGGAAGCUGAAGAACGAGCUGUUGGAGAUCAAACGAAAAGGCUCCCGUCGGCCCCAGGAACUGGGGGAGCGACAGUGCGCUCGCUGCCUCAAGACUCUGGGCCUGAUAUUCGACCGCGGAGAUCUAUGCGAGGAGUGUCAGCUGCGCGUCUGCAACGAGUGCCGCAUUACGAUUCCCAAUUCGCGCCAGUGGAGGUGUAAUGUUUGUGCCAAGAUCUUGGAGCUGAAGGUGGUGACCGGAGAGUGGUUCCUGGAGGAGCGAUCCAAGCGCUUCGAGCAGGGAGUGCUGAGCAGUGACGUGAUCAAACACACAAUCCUGAGCAGCCCGACACCCACAGAAGAAAACUCCUCAGAGAACCUGUCGGCUACUUCUGAGCCUUCGGUGAAACCCGACACCCCGAGAUCCACCAGAAGCGCCGUUCUCAAUGAUGUGGAUGGAGCCAGGAGGAAAGGGAGGUUGAAGAUCGGUAAAAAAGGUAGCCGUUCAACGCUGAAGCCAGAAAAUGGAGUCGACAGCAUCAGCGUCAAAUCUGUGUCGGACGGAGAUGCCCAAAGCCUCCGAAGCGUUCGCUCUGCCCCGACUCCACAAUCAAACAGGAGCGGUACGGUUGCUCUGGAGUCCUCAGGGAUGCCCACACUACUCAACAACCUGCGGUCCCAAACUCCCGACAACCGGAGGGUCAGGCCUGACGGAGCGGAGAGCAUCGCCAGUAUACACUCCAGUGACAGCGCGCCUGAGAAGAAAGCUGCAGGUCCUCACAGGACGAACUGUGACGCCCCGUCCAUUUCUGUGUCCAGGGCCUCGGUGUCUUCAGAUCACAGCCGUUCAGAGAUGGACCUGUCAGCUCCUGGUUCUGAACCCAGUGACGACGCUCUCAGCCUCAGGAGCCGCUCAGUCCCCGGGCUCAACGAAACAGAGUUUUCCGAUGAGGAUGUGGAGGAGGACAUCGAUGCCCUGAUGUCAGCCCAGAGCAAGGGUGUCAGCCGACGCCUCAGCAACGCUGUGUCAACGUCUUCCACUCCAUGCUCCGAAAGAAGGUGGGGGUUCCUCAAUAUCCCCGACUCGGAUGCCGAGACUAGCAGCAUAAACAGCAUGAUGAGCAUGUACAGCGAGACCGGUGACUAUGGCAACGCCAGGGUGAGCGGCGAGAUCCUGCUGAACAUCAGCUACAGCUACAAAACCGGUGCUCUCAAUGUCCUGGUGAAAGAGUGUCACAACCUGGCUACGGGGGACGAGAGGAGGCAGCGCACCGAUGCGUACGUGAAGACUUACCUGUUGCCAGAUACGUCACGACAGAGCAAGAGGAAGACGAGCAUCAAGGCCAACACCAUUAACCCCGUCUUCAAUGAGAAUCUGAGGUACGUGAUCAGCCACUCCCAGCUGGAGACUCGCACCCUGCAGGUGUCCGUGUGGCACCACGACCGCUUUGGACACAACAGCUUCCUGGGAGAAGUGGAGCUGACGUUUGACUCCUGGGAGUUCGACUCCCAGAUAGAGGAGUGGUACGCUCUCCAGCCCAAGGUGGAAAACUGCAUAGACUCCACGAUGCAGUAUAAAGGAGAACUGACUGUUGUGUUGAAAUACAUACCUGCAGAGAAGAACCUCAUGCUGCCUCUGGACCAAGUACAAGUCAAGAAGAGCUUCCUGAAAGGCAAGAAGACGAGCAGCUUCACUCUGCCUAAGGGGGGCAUGGUUGAGCUGCUGGUCAAAGGAGCCAAAAAUCUAACUGCCGUCAAGUCUGGAGGCACUUCUGAUCCUUUUGUGAAAGGAUACCUCCUUCCUGACAGUAACAAAUCGACCAAGCACAAGACUGCGGUGGAGCGACGCACCGUGCACCCACAGUGGAACCACACCUUCACCUACUGCGGCCUGCAGCCAGGAGACCUCAACAACGUCUGCCUGGAGCUCACUGUGUGGGACAAAGAAGCUCUGGCCAGCAACGUCUUCCUGGGAGGAGUAAGGCUGGGAGCUGGCACAGGCAAAAGUUAUGGGAACGAGGUAGACUGGAUGGACUCAUACGGGGAGGAACAAAGGCUGUGGCAGCGCAUGAUUGAAAACCCAGAAGUCCCUCAGGAGUGUACUCUGAUGCUGCGAUCCAGCAUGCGCAAGCACAACACAUGAGGCGGACCGAAGCACAGACGGAGAGGAUAAAAGAGAAUAACAGAGGGAGAGGAGAAAGAAGUGGACUGAGGGCCUGAGGAAAGAGCUGGAAAAGUGGAAUGAUCAAGGAAAAAAAAAAGAGAAAAGAAAACUGUGAAGGGUCCAGGACUCCAGGAAAAAAGGAACAGAGACCAUCCCUCUCACUACAUCUUUCAGAUCCCUUCUCCUGUCCACAGCAGCCAGUCAUGCCUUACACUCUCAUCCACCCGUGUCCCUCCAGAGCAUCUAGUCUUGACCCGGCACUGCUGUUUACUGCUGUUUUUAUUGUAUGUAACGUACUAUAACCCACUGAAGAAGCACAUUCCUGAUGUGUCCUCAUCUCCAAGUCAUUCCUGCAUGUAGUCACAGCCUACAGAGACCAUUUGUAAGGUGAUAGGCGAGGCACUGAUCGAUUAUAUAUAUAUAUAUAUAUAUAUAAAACAUUCCCUUUUGCAAGCGCACCAAGCUGCAUCCUGGUCUGAAGCACACGGUGAUGCUGAGAUUCAUCCCAUCAUGAACAGUUUGUGUACAGAGGUGGAAACUAAUUGAUGCUUGUACUGCUGUGAUCACUGUCAAAGAACCAAUCUCAAACUCAAUGCUCUUCAAAGCACUGGCCAUGAUUCCUUUAGAAACUUUCUUUUUGAUAAAGAAGAGAAGAGCGUUGCAGCACUGCAGAGCGUUAUUGCACCCCAGUGUUUGUCAAAGUAAAAGGAAAUGAGUUUUAGGAGUGCAGCUUACUUUGUUGAUUGCUUUUGUGUUAGCUGUAUUAAUCAUUUAUAAAAUGUCAAGAUGUUUGUGAAAACUGCCUUCUCUUGGCUGAGCUAUGAGUUUAUGUUGUCCUACCAGCAGUAUGAAACCGAGAAAGCACUUAAUUUACUAAAUCUAUAAUGAAUUAAAAGAAAAGGCAGAAUUAUUGUUCUAAUAAUAUUUAUUAUUUGAGAAGAUAUAUCCUCUGGAUGGAUUGUUAGCACUAGUUUUGUAAAUAUUCAUGUUCCCCAGAUGAUGCACCAUAGAGAACCUGAUUCCACUACUUGAGCUUUCCAUUGUUCAUGUCCUCCUGAGGAUUGGCAAUCUCCUAUUUUUCCUUUAGCGCCACCGUCUGGUCAAGAACUUUCAUGUGAGCUUCGGCUGUACUUUUUGUUAUGCAAAAUUAAAGCUGAAACGAAGGCAACUAGAGUUGUAGGGUUUCUCGAAAUACGUUUCGCCACUCACCCAAUUAGCUUCUUCAGUUGUAAAAAAACUGGUGAGGAGUUGGGGUUUAAAUGAGAACAUCAGCGGCUAUUAUCAAGACCAGAAAAGGUCUAAAGAAAUGCCUGAUGGACGUCAGCGGGUGGCACCACGAGGACAGUACAUGUCGUCUUUUAGAGGUCAUCUGUCCCUUCGGCAUGCUGUUUGUUAAAUUGUAUUCGGCGCUCCAAUCAUUUAUACAUGUUGUCACCUCCCAAAUUUGUAUUUCUUUAUUGUUGUCGACACGCCCAGUGCUACUUUUCAGUCCAGACGCAUUCCUUUAAUCUGCUUUGGCUAUUUACAUGCAGCUAUACAGUCUGUACCUCCUGCUCUUUUAUAAGUUACAUCAAAUGAGUUGCUGAUUGUUUUUUUUUUGUUGUUUUGUUUUGUUUUGGGUUUUUUUUGACUGGUGAAUUAACUAAAAUUAGUUGUUUUUUUUUUAAAAGUACAAGCUCUUGAGAGAAUUUCACAUGUCAAAGACAGUACUUGUAUCGAGUUAUUUUCCACCUCUGGUUGUUUAAAAAAAAAUGAAUUAAAAAUAAAUCUGUGGCACGAAGCUUCAACAGAUAACCUAACUUAGAUUAGCCUUGAUGUAAAUUUACAUGACACUGUAUCAGUGUGAUAAUAGAAACUGCAUGGUAUUAGAAAAAAAAAAACAGAGGUAGAAGAACAAAAAGGUUACGUAAAGCACUGAUAAUGACAUCACCUUACACCUAGACAAGACAGUGUGAUGUGAGGUGCGUUCCCAGGAACCCUGAGAUGUCGGUUGUGUGUGUUGCGGAGUGAGUCAGCACUGAGGCGAGCGAGCUGUCUUCAUCUUAAGGUUGGGGGAUAAUAAUAAUGAGCCGGUGACAGUCACACAGUGACCUUGUCCCCGCCGCCCCGGGGCUCUACGAUACACCGUGAUGAAUCACACAGUUCACAAAAGAUACGAUCCUCAAUGUAAACCUCCUGUAGAACCAUCUCUCUCACGUGGAAUGCCAAUAUUGUCCGCUUGUCCUCGGGAAACCGUCUGCUCUAAGCUCCCAGAGAGGACGCCUUCACACCCACAGUAAUAGUAAUAAUACACGUGUUCACUGUCCAGCGUACUUGAGCUCGUGCAAUACCUGAUUACUGAAGAAACUCUCGAUGUACAGCAUGUACUAUCUCUGUUGUGUCUAGUUUCCAUGCAUCAUUUUUAAUGUCCUAAAUGUGUUACAAGAAUAUUUUGAAAUAAACACAUCUUUCCAUAGAAUAUA